AUGAAUGCGUCCACGGAUCCAUCGCCUUUGGGCACCCCUCGUAUACCGUCCAGCCGCCAUGCCCGGCCCUCCUCCUCCAACAGCCCUUUGCGCCCGUCUUCGGCCAGGAGCCUCGUCAAGGGGCGCCCCGCCACACCAGGCUCUCCCAGCAUCAACACCGAUGUCAAGGUAGAGUCUCGGCCUCUCACGCAGCAAGGGAUGAUAAGCAUGCGAUCCUCUUUUCAAGGCCCUGGCAGACAAAUUCUCGACCGGUCCUACUACGUAGGGAAAUUGCGCUCCAAGAAGAAAGAGCUGCAGCAGGAGAUCGAGCGAAUGGUGGAGGAGGUUGAGCAACUGGAGAAGGAGAGGUUCGCCAGUGUGCAUGUCGGGCAGAAGCAGAAAGCUCUAGCGGAGGAAGUGCAGGGACUGAAGCUGCAGCUGCUCGACUAUACUGCAGUCAUGGAAAAGGUAAAUGCAGGAGUGGAGCCCGAUGAACUGAGGGAGGAGCUCGAGGCUCUGAAAGAGAGAAACGCAAAAGAAACAAAAAAGGCGGACAAGCUUUUUCUGGAGAGAACGCUGAAAGAGAGGGAAGGUAAGGAGCUCCAUGACAAAGCGCAAGGUUUGGAUGUUGAAAUCGAGCACAAGAUCGCGGAGGAGGCACCAGAAGCAAAGGUGCAGUACGUGGAACUCCAGCAAGAGUACAGGAAGCUGGAGACAGAAGUGGAGAGACUGCAAUCACUUAUUGGCGAGAUCGGCACGUCAAAUGAAGAGUUGGAACAGAAUGUUUUCAAGUCCAAUCCUACAAAGCAGAAGCUUGUCAUGCUGACUGACCAGCUUUUAACUGUCGAGGGAGAGCUUGAGAAAUUGAGGAUGGAAAACCCGUCGAUCAAACUAACGGCUGAGGAGGCCAAGGAAGCGCUCCUGUCCAAGAUUAGGCAGGAUAAUCUGGAGAUCAUCAAAGCGGAAGAGAAAAGCCAAGUACUUGAGAACGAAAUACACUUCCACGAAGGGAAAAUUGCCGAAGCAGAACGGUCCAUUUCAGAACUAAAAGGCGGAAGGAUUGAGAAAUUCCUAGAAAUGCAACAGAAAGAACGGAAGAUGCAAAACUAUAUCGAAAACUUUGAUAGCCUCCGAGAAGAGCAGCAAAAGCGGACAUUUGAAGCUCAGCAAAAAAUCUGUGAGCUGCUACAUCUGAUUAGUCAGCUGGACGAUUUCGAAGCCAAAACCGAGACGGACAUAUCAUGCACAAAGCAGGCCAUCAGUUUGCUCGAAAACGAGAUGGAAGAUUUCAAACGCCUCGAUGGGAGCAGAUCCCAGUGUGAUGCGAAAUGCGCGAAAUUAGAAGCCGAGAAGCAGAAGAUCGAGGAGAAGAAGGCAUUUCUCCAGGAGCAAGUGAGGGAGCAAGUCGAGAAGCUCGAGGCUUUCAGCCAGAUUUUGGAUGACAGCGAUCUGCAUAGGAACCUGGAGGAGUUGAAGACGAGGUUCCACGCGUUACAAAGCAGCAACCAAGUGCUCCAGGAAGAAGUUGAGACCAAGGAGCGAGAGCUAAACUACGGCCUUGUGCUGGAGAACAUACGGUUCAUGGUCUCGCAGCUCAACAGCGAGAUCAGAAAUAGCCAGAUGCAAAGCUAUUGA